AUGGCAGAAGGCAUUAUAUUUAGCAUUGCGGGGAAAAUCUUGGAAGAGUUGGGGUCCUCGGCUGUCCGAGAAGGAAAAUUGGCAUGGGGUGUUAAAGGUGAGAUUAAAAAACUUGAGAGCACUGUCAACACUAUCAAACUUGUAAUUCUCGAUGCUGAGGAGCAGCACAGCAAAAACCGAGAGGUAACAGAUUGGAUCCAAAGGCUCAAAGAUGCAUUUUAUGAUGCAGAUGACUUGUUAGACGAUUUCUUCACUCAACUUCAAUGGCAAGAGGUAUUGAGUCGAAAUAAAUUGGCAAACAAGGUACGGAUCUUUUUCUCCAAAUCGAAUCAAAUUGCAUAUAGUUUUAGAAUGGCUCAUAAGAUUAAGACUAUUAGGGAGAAACUGGAUGAGAUUAAAAAUGAUAGGCAUUUCCACCUUUCUGAGUGUCCUGUUGAAAAAAGAGUCAUAAAUAUAGAAAGGGAAACACACUCUUUCAUACAUGUAGAAACGGUAAUCGGAAGAGAUGAUGAUAAAAAUAAUGUUAUAAGACUUCUAUUGGACUCAAAUGAUGAUAAGAAUGUUUUAGUUGUUACCGUAGUUGGACUUGGAGGAGUAGGAAAAACCACACUUGCUCAACUUGUAUAUAAUGAUGAGAGUAUCAUAAACCAUUUUGAGUUAAGGAUGUGGGUGUGUGUCUCUGAUGAUUUUAUUAUGAAGAUAAUUGUUGAAAAGAUAAUAAAAUCUGCAACUCGUAAAGAACUUGGAAAUUUUCAUUUGAACGAAUUGCAGGAAUUCCUUCGAAAAGAAAUUAAUGGGAAAAGAUAUCUACUAGUUUUGGAUGAUGUAUGGAAUGAGAAUCAUAAUAAAUGGAAUGAAUUGAUGAAUCUAUUAAUGAAUGGUUCAAAAGGAAGUAAGAUACUAGUUACUACACGUAGUGAAGUAGUUGCUAAGGUUACUAGCAAACUUGAAUCUUAUGUCUAUCCCUUGAGAGGACUAGAUGAAAAAAAGUCUUGGUCUUUGUUUACCCAAAAAGCUUUUGAACCUGGGAAGGAACCAAAAGAUUCGAAAUAA